AAGAAAACUGGAUCAUUCUUUACCAAUAUUGGAAAUUGGAUCAAGAGCCAAUUUCAUCUCCGACCUCAUGAAAACGAGCCAGUGCCAUAAAUGAAGCGAGGGAAAAUAUGCUCAGUGUAUUAUACAAUUCACAAACUGGAUUCAUUAGUUUUUCAUUUAUUAAUGUAUCUCUCUGGGGAUUUGAUGGGACCUCAUGGGACAGAUCAGCAGCCAUCAUCUGGAUUAAAACAUACGAGGACUUUUUGGCAAUCCAGGUCAUCCGCUGAAUGCCAAUCGAAUAAAUCCACGAUCGGCACAAUGCCUGCUGUAUAUACACGUGCGCGCACCAACACACACGUGCAAAGGUCCCAUUAAAAAAAAAACAUCUGUCACUUCAGUGGUCUGCUUAUCUCACCCAGCCAUGUCGCCCCCCCGAGAGCACAAAGGCAUCGGCGGUGUUUAAUGUCCAGCAGAUGAGUUUGUCGCUGCCCACGACGCUGAUCACACACAGCCGUUUCCGUCCAACGCACACGCAACAGACAUGCCGUUGGACGUAAUUAAUGCCUCAUGUGAUAAAAGCAGACAAAAGCAAGUCAUGGCCUCACUUCACUCUGACUUAACGCCACCCUCAGCCAGCUCCACACACACACACACACACACACACACAUCGCACACCUCCCUACCGCCCCCACACCUUCCUAAACAGACCCAUAGUGACUCGGCCACCUCCUCACCCCACCCCCUCUGUGGACUGAGCUGCAUGCUCACUGUCCCGAAAACAUGAUGAGCCAGAGCAGAUGCAGCGGCAGCAGUGGCAGCAGCAGAGCGGCAGCGGCAGCAGCAGAGCGGCAGCGGCGGCAGCAGAGCGGCAGCACCUGGCUCAGGCGUCACGCAGCCUCUCAGUGACAUUCUGCUUCGACUUGGCUGAGAGAGGCAGCUCAUCCAGCUCAGCUCCCGCUGGGAGGAAAAGUUCUCCCAUGUCCUCUCUCUUCGGCUGCCGAGCCGAUUGUCAUAAUUAGCGAAUGACUGAGGGAGGAUGCUCUGCAACUUGAGGACACUUUUCUCAUCUGGUCGCGGCGCGGCAGCGUCAGAUGGCCGAGGGGGAACGUGAUGCCGUUACUGUGUGCCUCCUGGUCUCCACCCUCAUCCCGCUCUUCGUCCGUUUUUUUUCCUCCUCUGCCUCCGUGCGCAGACUUUUGCCUCGGACCAUUCUGGCACGCGAGGGUCGAGCGGGCAGGAAUUUCCCAUCCACCUCCAAUGCUCUCUCCAGCUGUGUGGUGAACCUGCUGCUCAGCGCCACACUUGACCCGAAGGCUUCCCGGGCAAAACAAAGGAAUUAACCAUGAACUUCACUCUCACCAGGAGACACAGUGUGCCAAUGGACAGGGAGCUGUGAGAUCUGUGGAAAGUUAACUGUCACGAAAUGGACCAACGUCACCUGUCUGACCUGAGGGAAACGUUUGUACAGCGAGUUUCCACGGGGAGGGUGUUUGCUGUCCUCUACUGGAGCGGGGAGCGUAGUUACCUGAGACCAGAAAUGCCAAAUUGAAACACUCUUGUCAUGAUUGGAUUUUAAUUAACAAAAGGACACCAUGGAGGGAGACGGCGUCCUGAACUCCACUGUAAACACCACCGCCAUGGAUUUCCACCCGGUCAGCCACAACCUGUGGGAGGUGAUCUCCAUCGCGACUGUGUCGGCCGUGGUCAGCCUCAUCACCGUCGUGGGGAACGUGCUGGUGAUGCUCUCCUUCAAGGUCAACAGUCAGCUGAAGACGGUGAACAAUUACUACCUGCUGAGUCUGGCAGCCGCCGACCUCAUCAUAGGUGUCUUCUCCAUGAAUCUCUACACCUCGUAUAUACUGAUGGGCUACUGGGCCCUGGGGAACCUCGCCUGUGACCUGUGGCUGGCGCUGGACUACGUCGCCAGUAACGCCUCGGUCAUGAACCUGUUGGUGAUCAGUUUCGACAGAUACUUUUCCAUCACUAGGCCGCUGACCUACAGGGCCAAGCGGACCCCCAAGCGAGCCGGGAUCAUGAUAGGUUUGGCCUGGAUGGUGUCGCUUGUUCUGUGGGCCCCGCCUAUUCUCUGCUGGCAAUACUUUGUGGGGAAACGGACGGUCCCUGAGAGGCAAUGCCAGAUCCAGUUUUUCUCUGAGCCCGUGAUAACCUUUGGGACAGCUAUCGCCGCCUUUUAUAUUCCUGUAUCGGUCAUGACGAUCCUAUAUUGUCGAAUCUACAAGGAGACAGAGAAGAGAACCAAAGAUCUGGCAGAGCUGCAGGGGAUUAACUUCCCCAGCGACCCCGGGGUCGCCCAGCCUCAGAAGCCCAUCGUCAGGUCAUGUUUUAGCUGUAAAUUGAGGUCGACCUCACAUGACAGGAAUCAAGCCUCUUGGUCCUCCUCCAGCAGAAGCAAUGCGGCCAAGUCGGCGGCCACCACCAACGACGAGUGGUCCAAAGCUGGUCAGCUGACCACCUUCAACAGCUACGCCUCGUCCGAGGACGAGGACAGGCCCGCGUCUCCGGGGAGCUUCCAGCCCUCCUUCAGGAACAAGGCUUGCGAGACCAUCAAGGGUGGAGUGGGCAGCGAGAGCGAGCAGCUCAGCAGCUAUGAGGAGGACAGCUUCUUCCAGACGCCACCCAAAAGCAGCUCCCAGAAGAGCGGCAAGUGCGUGUCCUACAAGUUCAAGCCUGCGGCCAAAGACGCUCCCGUGGAGCACCGCGGCAAGAACGGAGACACCAAAAUGGCGUCGUCGGCGUUCUCCUCCGCCGAGUCCAUGAGCGUCCCGUCCGCCUCCUCGACGUCUAAGCCCAUAGACGCCACGCUGAAGAGCCAGAUCACCAAGAGGAAGAGGAUGGUGCUGAUCAAGGAGAGGAAGGCGGCUCAGACUCUCAGCGCCAUCCUGCUGGCGUUCAUCCUAACGUGGACGCCUUACAACAUCAUGGUGCUUAUUUCCACCUUCUGCUCGGACUGCAUUCCCCUCUCCCUCUGGCACCUCGGCUACUGGCUGUGCUACGUCAAUAGCACCGUCAACCCCAUGUGCUACGCCCUUUGCAACAAGACCUUCCAAAAGACCUUUCGAAUGCUCUUACUUUGCCAGUGGAAGAAGAAGAGGAUUGAGGAGAAGCUGCACUGGUACGGACAAAACCCCGUCGUCAGCUCCAAACUGACAUGAACUAUUGUUAUUUUUAAAUACAGGAUAUUGCUGUAAAUAAAAUGUUAAUCUUGGCUUCACGAACUAUAUCAAGGAGCUGGUUCAAUUUGUAGUUUAAAUGGUUCAUUAAUCGAUACGUCUGCAGCAGUAUAUGUUGAUUACUGCUCAAACAUUGGAAAUGGAAAAAACACAUAAAAUUGCCCCAACAAAGUCAAAACAAAACACAUUUUAGGGAUUCCGUGGGUAUUGUGCCAGUGCUGAAGACGCACAUUUUGGAAUUGUGGUUUUAUUUUAAAGGGCUAAUACAUGUCGUCCUGAUGUCAGAAACUUGAUGAUAAUCAAAGCCUUUUCACGUGUGCUAUUGCAAUUUAAGGAUGAGCGAAUAUGCCUCCAACUUCCUUGUUUUCACGUCUCAUCCGCUGCGUUUUCUGUCCUGCUUCAUCUCAGUGAACAAUAUUGAGUAAUAAUUCCAUAAAUUAAAAUACAAAUAUGACUCAACGCUUCUGAUCCAGCGCACAAAAUUGAAUACUUAUUUUACUCAUACUUGCUAAAUAAUGUCAAUGUUUACAACUAUUGUGGAGGAUUCAAAAGUACACUUUGUUUCUUACAAGUUUAUUAGUUUUCCUCCUCCGGAUAUUUUCUUUUUCCAUGAGCAUUGAAAUACAGUACAAUACAUUUGUUUUCUGUGAAUAUCUGUAGCUUAAUCAAUAUGCCAUCAUAUCUUCACUGUACUUCUGGCAAACUUGUAAUGUUCUGUGACAAAGAAAAUGCUGUUUGUGAAAUGUUCUUCUGUGUCAGCAUUGGAUGGGAGCUAUUUUACAUCCUUCAUAAGCUACAAUGUCAUGAAACACUUUUUUUGUAGUCGUGAUAAUAAAGAAAUAUGCACUUGCAACGUGGGGAAUGGUGACCUGCUUGGCUUCAUGGUGAUCGAUGCAGACAAAUCUACAGCUAAAACCCGCCAGCAUUUUUAUACUGUGUUCAAAAUCUGUGAUCCACUUUCCUGUUCUCUGUAUUUUGUGAUCAUUUCAAUAAAACGUGGUGAAUUUAA